UGAUUCUUUACAUACCGGCGCCAUAUAGCUGGAAUAUUGAUGAAAAAGCAAAAAGAACAGUCACUAUGAGGACCCAGACGCUUAUGAUGAUGGCGAUAGUGCUAGUAUGUGCCUGUUUGUGGCAAAUGGGUGACGCUGCGCCAGGCACUUCACCUGCACCAGCAGCAACACCUGGCCAAUCUGCUGGCGGUGGUGAUCCCGAUGAUGGUGAUGGUUAUGACGGCGAUGGUAUUGACGGUGAUGGUGAUGAUGAUGACGACGCCGGCGAUGGCGAUGACGGUGAUGAUGAUGGCGAUGGUUAUGACGGCGAUGGUAUUGACGGUGAUGGUGAUGAUGAUGACGACGUCGGAAAUGGUGAUGACGGUGAUGAGUAGAGAUAAAAUUCAACGGACAUCACUGCUAUAAAACGUGGCGGACUCAGGUUUCAUGUUGACCGGCUUCCGUCAACAUAACAUCGUCGUUCAUGGAGAUUUUAUUAAAUCUGAAGGACAUAAGUAGACCAUCUGAUCUGUUAUUUGUGAAAAAGCGUGUACUUUUCA